AUGGCCCCUCGGACUCCCUCUAUGCGACCAAACUCAAGGCCCGAGAACAGACCAGGAGAUAUUUCCCUGACCUGGAAAUCACCAAUCCUGGGGCCUCCUCUUCGAUCUGAUAAUCUAGCGAGUCAUGGACCGAACAACCCUGUGAGCGGCAAUACGACCAACGUUCAAUUCAAGGGAAAUGGUCACCUCCUCGCUGCAGAGACCGUGAGGCUGAAUCAUGAGAUAAUCGAACCGUCCCAGCUAUCAGGAAAUCACCGCAGUCAAUCAGUGCACAACAACGGCACCUCACAGAGGGAAAACUCGCAAGCCAAACCUACAGAACCACCAAUCGGCCACCAGGGUUUGGCUAUGCCUGCCUCGCCAUAUCCAGAGGACAUGGACAUCCCCGACAUGAUGGAAGGGGGAAUGACAGACUUUAAUGCCGAAGACAUUGACUUCACGCAGACUUCUAAUGCCCCCGACCUGCUCUGGCUGGAGUCUACCAUCGACCUGCCCAACCUGGAAAGCCUCAUCGCCACUCUCCCGACUCCUGUUGACGACCAUCUAUCAUGUCAGGACCAACCACUUACCAAAGGCUUGUCCUCCGACAGACUCCGUCGUGUCCAGAAGGCGUGGCCUUCAAAACUGGUGCGUCCUAUCCGACUAAUAAGGCGACUUUGGCAGACGGCACUCCAACAUCCAGCAGACAACAUUCUGUGUCACGGAGUCAACGAAUCUCGAGCCCAGAGCCAGGGUUCUGCUCAGCAUAAAAAUCCGUCAGGGUCACGGUGGCACAUGGAUACCAGCUGCAGGGACAGACUCUUGCAGGACAGCGACAAAAUCUUUGGCAAGGAAGAGUCUCUGUACACCAUGCUAGUCGACCAGGGCGACACACCUCAGAGCUCGACGUCGACGACAUACGAUACCAAUUUCCCGUCGGUCGAGAUGUUGGAUAUGAGUCUGGACCUCUACUUCGAACGCUUUCAUCCCUCUAUACCGUUUGUACACCAGGCGACGUUUGAUGCGAGGACAACACCCAGCGCGGUGCUUUUUCCAAUGUGUCUUAUUGGACUCUCAGCACUAGACCCCCGAGGGUCGCGGGACUUUGUCCGCAGGGAGUGGAUGGCCCUCGGUAAGCGUCCCCCUUGGGAGCUUAUCACCGCCGUGGCAGCUUCGUUACUUGUGCUCAAUCUUGCUCUUUGCAUCUCACGGCGCCUGGACGAGAAUGAAGCUCAUAUGCUCUGCAUUCAGACUCUACACGUAGCAGAAAAGCACGGAUUGUUCGCGGCUUGUGACGGCAAAGAAGUCGACCUCAAUUUGAUGGGCCCUUCAUCGGACCUUGAACGGCUGUGGAAGCCUUGGGCACGGGUGGAAUCAGUCAAGAGGAUGGUCACCUGUCUCCUGAUCAUUGACGCUACGUAUGCCACUCUCUGGGGCACGGCGGGAGUGCUCGAGCUAGACAGACUCGAGAUCAUUUCCCCUUGUAAAUCGUCAUUAUUCGAGGCUGGUGACGCGGCAACAUUUGCUCGCGAGGUGGAAACCAACGCUCAGAUCAUCAUGCCCCGGAUGACGUUGCAGCGAAUGUCGAAAUUGUCGUCGGCCAUGCUCGGGAGUAUAGGGCUGCAAGCACUGCUAGCUGCCAUCUCCAUCCAACACUCCGUAGCUCGCCAUAGACUCUUUCCCGGCCAACUCGGAAGUGACGAGACGAUGGCCGUGACGCCGGUGGAGAGAUACGCGCUGGACGACCACGCAAAGACCAUAGCUCCCCUCCUGGCAACGAUCCCCAGCAGCCACAGGGUCAACUUCGACCAAGACCACCGCCACGCCCUACUCCACUGGAACAGUCUAUGCAUGUCCACCGUGGUGGAUAUGGACCAGUUCGAGCUCGCCUUGGGCCACAAGGACGCCGAGUCCGCUCAUACUGCCCUAGAGAACAUCGCCAUCUGGGCCAAGUCAGCGGAAGCCCGUAGAGCCGCACUCCACGCCGCCCAGAUCUUCUGGAUCCUCUCACAGACCCGGGUCUCAGAGCCGGCCCUGCUUCUGCACGAGCACAUGAUCUUCACGGCCGCGCUGGUCCUGGCGUUUUAUGUCUUUAAAGCGAACCCUCCCUCGGAGCAGCCUGUGAGCACCCUUUCUUUCUCGGGAGGCGGUGGCGCCGACACGAUGACGUUUGAACUGCUGCAAGAGAUCGAUUGGGCCGAAAUCGGCAUGCAGGGACUCGGCAGAGUAUUCUCGUCGUCUUCCCAACUGGUAAAUGGACAGUCUUCGACCGCAAAACAGUUUAUUAGGCAUGGAGGUCCCGCAUCAUUUGGCCGUGUGGCCGCCGACGGCGAAGCAGCCGCGAGAAAAGUCAUUCUCAAGUAUGCGCAUUUACUGGAUGAGGUCGUCAAGUGGGAGGGGUCCGACUACCGCGAGGCGCUCAAGGCGAUUGGGGAUUUCUUCCAUAUUUGA